GUUCCGCUCAUUUCGCGCACCGAGGGAGAAGGACUAGGGUUUUAGAGAGAACUCCAAGGAAAGAGAGCUAGGGGAAGCAAACUUCUAGGGUUAGUUCUUUUGUUUCGCGGAGAGGAAGAGAAAGAAAGAUGGUGGCGGACAAGGGAAAGAAGAUGAAACUAGUAGAAAAAGAACGGGAGGAGAAUUCGGAGCAAAUUGAUGGAGAGCUUGUUCUUACCAUCGAGAAGGUGCGGGAACUCUAAGACAAGCUUGAAGAGGUCAGGCCCAUAGAAAUAUUUCUAUGCAUUAGCUGUUAUUUUAUUUGUUAGCAAUUUCUAGAAAAUGGGUUAGGGAAAUUCUAGGUUUUCUUAAUGUUUUCUUUUGUUAACUUAUUGAAGCAGUGAUGUGGAUUUUUAUUUCUGUUUCUAAUUAUGAUAUUUUUUACUAUUGUAUAUGGUGGAUAAAAAUUCAAUUUUGUA